GAUUGAAGAAGGAAAAAUCUCUCCGCUCGCGUCUUUUGUAGGAAGAAUUAUUUCUCGGUUAACACGUGACUUAGCGUGUCAGUUGGUAAAUUGAGACUAGUAUGUAUUGGGAAUAGCGUAAAUAAAGUUAAGAAAGUUGAGCUCGUGUCUCUGGACGUCCCUGGGUAGACUUGGUAGCAGAGCAAGAGCACCACCACAGGCUCGAGCAAGACGAUAUCAAGAUGGCGGCAUCAAGUAGAGGAAGUGAGGCUGCGGCCUCGCUCAUACGAGCAACGAAAAACCCCCGUCUCUGCAACACCUGCAUCUCCUCCCUUCCCUCCCGCCGCACCUACGCCGCCGCCGCCGCGCAACUCAAGCCCUCCGAGCCCACUCCCUCCGCCUCCCCCGCGACUUCCACCGAGCUCGCCCCUUACACCAUCAAAUCGGGGAUCUGUCUCUCGCGCGCCCCUGUGCUCACGCAGCCGCUGCACCCCUUCGAGUCGGCAUUCUUCUUCUACCAGCGUCGACUCAAUGAGCGUCUUGCCAUGCCGUUCUCGCGGUACUUCUACUUCAAGAAGGGCACGCCGCUCGACUCUGCGUGGAAGCGGAAGGCGGCUACGCGUGGUGGGACGCCCGCGAGGGACCUCGGCGCGUAUAAUCCGUAUAGUGAGACGGGGUGGAAUGAUGAGGUGAUGGUGGGGGAUCGGAUUAGCGAGAAGAAGGUCACGAGGGAGGCGCUGGUGGAGGAUGCGAUGAACAGGGGCCUUAGUGCUGAGGAGGCGGGUGCGGAGGAGGAGGAGGUGGUGGAGAUUCCACAGGAGAGAUAUACCGAGGCGGAUACGGCGAAGGAUGUUAAGAGGCUUGAUAGGAAGCUGACAAGGACGCUGUAUCUGGUUGUCAAGAACAAGGAGGGGAAGUGGACGUUCCCUUCGGGUGAGCUGGUUGGCAGGGAGAACUUGCACCAGGCUGCGGAACGUGUGCUCGUCCAGUCAGCGGGGAUGAACAUGAACACCUGGAUUGUUGGCCACGUGCCUAUCGGACACUACAUCUCGAAGCCGCAUCUCGGCGGCGACUCGGCGAUUACGAAGCAGGGCGAGAAGACCUUCUUCAUGAAAGGCCGCAUUAUGGCCGGACAGGCGGACUUGAAGGAGAACGCGUUCGGGAUCACCGACUGGAAGUGGCUGACGAAGGAGGAGGUUCAGGGCCAUGUUGGUCCGAAAUACUUCAGCCAUGUUAAGAAUAUGAUGGCUGCGAGGUAGACUUGGGGAAGAGAGAAGUUAUAGAGGCCCGGCAUCUAUGAGGGGUCGGAUGGCGACGGGGAGAUGGUGAGAAUACUUGUAGUAUAGAGAGUGUAUCAUAUUGUCAACAUUACGGUGUAUCAUGUUCAUCUUUUCAAGGUCUUAUAUAUGAAUUAUGCG